AUGUCGUCGCAGACCAUGACUGCGCCAGCUGUGGGCCAUCGGCCACCUGAUCCAGGUACAGAUUCGCCCAUGUACGACUAUGGCGGCUCCCAUAACUCCACGCCCCCUUCCAAUCCCCGAAACGACUCCGCAAUUUGCGACAUGCAGAAUAAUUCUGCCCCGUCAACGCCAAAGGGCAUGCCAACCACAGAUGUCGGAAUUAAGACUGAAUCUCAACUCCUCGGCAAUCAAUCUGCGCCGAACCCAACAACCGCCCAGCAAUUUGGAGAGGAGGACCACGAUAUGUCCAUGGACUUCAAACUGGAGCAAAAUCAUUCUCAGCCUUUCGAUAUAAAUGCCCACGCUACCUCCAUCGAUCCAAGCUUGCAACAAGACCCGUCAAUAUCGCGUGAGAUUCAGGAUUUGCUGAACGGAAAGGCCGCGGGUAAUGAGAUGAUGGGAACAAAUCCUUCACAUCAGGAUUUCGGCCAUGCAGGAAUUUCCUCGUCUGAUGCAAUGGGUACCCUUACCGAUCCUCUAAACACUAAACUAGACACGGAGCAGCCCUCCCUUCUGCCGCCCUUGGACUUUAACGCCGCCCCGAAAAAUGCGUUCGAGGCUCUCCACCAAAACGAGCUACUCACCGCCGCUUUCCUUUCGCAAGGCGCCGACCUCUCGGCACUGGGUUAUCAAGAUGGAGCUACAUCAAUUGCUGGGUCGGAGCCUAAGAUCCAAGCAUUUGCCAAGUUGGAGUUUGACGAUGGGCAUUUCUAUUGCAAUACCUACUCGUUUAUCCUCGGGCGAGACGUACGAGCCGCGCGCGCUGCCCACCAUCGAGAGUUCCAGUUCCGGCAGGCCGUGCGAAGCUCUCGAGCAAAGAGCUCGAGUGGGGGCAACACAUCACAUACCCCGAACCGUAUGAAGCGGGAGGAAAGCGCAGCCAUGAUGGGUAGCGUUGUCAGCGAUCGUGGAGGCAUCAUGGGAUUUGAUCCAGACGUUCCUCCGCAUCUUCCUGGUGGAAUGAAUCCCAGUCGACGAUCCUCAAAGUCCUCGGUGGACGAGGCCGUUGUACCCCUGCAUGCAAACCCGGCCCAAUUACAGUCGACUACAGACUACAACGCUCUAGCGAUGCAGUCCCUACAAGAUGGAAAUGGAGAUGCCAAGCCCGUUGACACGCUUGCUUUGCUCCCGUCUCCUGAUUCCUGUCCGACCAUCCCUAUCCACCCCCCGACGACGGUUGACGGCAGUGCCGCGGGUCAUCGGGGUAUAUCUCGCAGGCAUGUUCGCAUCUCAUAUAACUUUGACCGCAAUUUGUUCGAGAUGGAAGUAAUGGGUCGCAACGGAGCUUUCAUUGGAGCCGAUUGGCUAUCGCCAGGGCAAGUUCGUCCGCUACACAGUGGUGAUUAUAUCCAGAUUGGCGGUGUGCGCAUUCGCUUCUUACUACCAGAUGUUCCCAUUGGUGAAACAGGCGCCGAUAGGAUGGAAGAACAGUUGCCAGAUGGAGAAGAGGAUGCAGAGGGAGAGGACGAAGACCCUCGUGCUUCGAUCGAAGUCGAUAAUGACGUUGAUGAAUCAGAGAGGCUUGGGAGCGAGAGCGGGGAGAGCAGGGAACCCUCCAAGGUGCCCAAGCUCAGCCUCAAGAUGAAGGAUACAGAUUCCUCGAAGGCAAUGGAGUCUAUCGAGGCAGAUAAUGGAUCGCAGCCAGCCCGCCGACGCGGACCUGGUCGCCCUCCCAAGGACGGCAUCAUGUCUAAGCGCGAGCGAGCUGAACUUGCCCGUGAGCAGAAGAUGGCCGCUAAGCGCGAAGCCAACGGUGGUGUCACGCCGCCUCCUCUCAAGGUACCCAAGGCUGGAAAAACAGUGGCGAAAGAGUCUGUCGUUCCUGAGUCGCCGACAUCAAAACCAGCGGAGAAGCGGAAGUAUACCAAGAGAAAGAAGCUCGAUGGAACACUCAUGGAUUCUCCUCUUCCUUCGACGGAAGGUGGUCAGAUUCCAGAACAGCGUCAAGAGGAAUAUGUCAAGCCCCCGCCGGUCAAGAAGCGCAAGCCAUCACGGUCACCGUCUCCCAACUAUCCUCCGGAGUCUGCUUACACACAAGAGGAUUUGGCCAAGCCUCCUUACAACUACGCUGUUCUUAUCUUUGAUGCUUUGACGGAAGCUGGCACCCCAAUGACGUUGAAACAGAUUUACAGGGCCUUGAAACUGAAGUAUCCUUAUUUCCGCUUCAAGUGUGAGACCGAGGGCUGGACAUCCAGUGUGCGACAUAACCUCAAUGGCAACGGCCAUCUGUUCAUGCACGCAGAACGAGAUGGCAAGGGUUGGUCAUGGCAAUUGAUACCUGGCGCAUCGGUUGAGAAAGAAAAGAAGCGACGCCCGUCGCCUCCGCCGCAACCGCAGGCCUCGCAUCCCCCAACGCCUGCUCCACAACAAUACAUGCCACAGAUUGCCCACUCUUAUGCUCCCACAUCUCAAGGUCCACCGCCUGUGCCAAAUCCGCCUCAACACUUCCAGUUCCCAUCGAUUCCGCCUGCGCCUUUCCCGGCCUCUGUGCCAGGACCGCGACAAAGUCCAUAUGCACCUCCAUUGACGACUCCUGCUCCUCCACCCGCUCCUACUGCUGCUACAGUGCCAGUUUCAACUCCCGCUCCACCCCCGGUUUCCACGCCAGCACCGGCGCCGGCACCCACCCCUACCUCCAUCUCCGCCCCGCCUCCUGCUUCUACAUCUGCCCCUGUCCCGGCUCCUUCUGUGUCUGCUCCUGCUCCUGCUCCUGUUCCUGCGCCUGCGCCCGUACCUGCGCCUGUGUCAGCACCAGCACCCAUCAACGCCGCUGCAUCCUUCCCCAUCCCCAGCACUAUCCGCAGCAACCUCCCGGCUGCCUUCGCGCAGACCGUACCAUCGACAUACACCUCUCCCUACGCAUCCAGUGCGGCUCCGCAGGCAGGCCAGCAGCAACAGACACAGACUCCACGGCCUCCCCAGGGACCUCCUCAGCACCACUCUCCCUACCCACCACAAAAGCCCUCCCAACCGCCCCACAUCAACACGCAACCCCAGGCCUACCCUCCACCCAAUGGACAGCCAUACCAACCUCAGCACCAGCAACCGGUGCGGCCUCCAUCACAGCCGAUGUCACAUCAACCUCAGCAGCAACCGCCGAUGCAGCACCACCAGCCACAGCACCAACACCAACACCAACACUCCCACCCGCCAUCGGGACUCCCGGCUCAUCCUCAAUCCCAUCACCAUCAACAGCAGCAGCAACUCCAUCACCAACCUCAGCAGCAAAACCCUGCGCCAGUUGGUCCGCCAGAGUCAUCCUCGUUCACUGAUCGAGCAAACAAGGCAAUUGAUGACUUUGAGGCUGUUCUUAUGGAAGAUUAUGAGGACAAGAACUACAUCCGGGAAGUUCUUCGAAGUGCCCGCGCACGAGUGUUGGAUAAUGCUACUGAAAGCUCAUUCCCCGGCGGCGAGCCAAAGGACGAAGCCGUCAUCAUGGAUGUGCUUCGCAACCUGGUCGGAAGUUUGAAGGAUGAAUAA